CACCACCAAAUCCACCAAAAGCAAGAUCAGUGAUUUGGUGUAUGUUGUGAAAAAGAAAAGGAUGUUUGCGAGGACCAAGUGAUUAGUGGAGGUGGUGAGGGCGGGACCCAAAAGAGUGUUGUGGAUGCAAAAUAUCAUUUCCCGUGAGUUCCAAAUCAAAAUCCCGCAGAGCAAAGAGCACCCCGUGAUCUGCUACUCCUCACCACACAGUUUCACAACUCAUCUGGUGUAUCUGUGAUGACUCAAUCGAUGUCGCACAAGCCUCUGGACUCGCGUCACUCCAUAGACUCCUGCAUGUUGCAGCUCCGCAGCUGGAAACCCUUCAAGCUCCAAGAUGGGCCCCACCCCAAACCCUACUACUACAAGCGCCCCUGCCUCUCCGAUCGCGCAACCACGUCGUUUUCCCUCGACAUCACCAAACUCACCCUAGCCGACGCCGAUGACAACACCGCCGCAAACAACCCCAACCAUCGCCCCACCAAUUACCGACUUGUCGCCCGCAAGAGGCGCCGCCGCGGCUCUAGAUCCGUGUCCGGCCGCAGCAGCGACCGAAGUGGCACGCGGCGCUGCUGCUCAGUCGGGGCAUCCGCCGCUUACGGCACCUGCUCCGACUUCCCGGUGGCCAUGGGCACCGACUCCAGCGGUGAGCUCUUCGGCAACGGCGAUUCGAAUUGGUCUUCGGAUGUUAGCGAGGCGAAGAAUUCGAGGAGGGAGAGAGAGAGGGAUGGCGAGAGGGAGAACGUAGGUGUGGGGUUUGGGGUGAGUGGGUGUACUGACGCGAAUGGGAAUGAAUCGGGGUAUGGGAGUGAACCGGGUUAUCGUGGGGAUGCUGAGUUUGGAUAUGGCGAUGAGUUUGAUGAAGAAGAAGAUGAUCCCAGGUUGUUGUUUUGGGGCGAUCAAUUUGGAGGUAAAGCUUCUUCCGUUUUGGGUCCUUUCCUUCUAUUGCAGUUCUUUCUGUGUCUUUGGAAACUCAUUCUAAAAGGGAGAUGGUUGGGGAGAACACCUUGCUAGAUCAAAAAUCUCAUCAUAGAUGCCGUCGCAGGAAGCCAGACUGUAGAAUGGUUGAUGCAUUAAGGUGACUAUUGCAGAAAUCUGUGGACUAUCGACACGACAGAAUAUUCUCUUUCCUUCAAUAGUGGAUGAACUGACUUCUUUUGUGCGUGAAUCCUUGACCAAGUGGUUUUGGUGUUUGUUCUCAGGGUGACCUAUUUGCCAAGUCAAUAUCGGAAAGGAUUUUGGCAAAUAUGAAAAUAUGUUGAUGAUGUAUUGAUGAGGUAUCAAUCAGCUUCUGUAGAUUUUGAUCGAAAUAUGAAGUGAUGUACUUUAGGUUAUGAUUUGUGAAGAGGAAAGUAUGUACAAGGAUUGAGCUAUGGUUAUUUGUUUGGGAUAGGAACGAGUUUUUAAUCUGAAUCAUACAAAUUUCAUAGAACACAGUUGAAAAAAUUUCUUGAACCUGUCUAGCAUGUUGGCUUUCGUCUGAAAAAUGUAAAUGAACUAAUAACCUGCUAUUGAUAUUUUUGAGUUUUGAUGGCAAA